AUGCGCGCGAACGCGCGCGCGCGCGAACGCAUCGCCGGCGUCCUCGCCGCGCUGCCGCCCGUGGAGCACGCGCUGGCGUACGGCUCGGCCGUGCUCGCCGACGCGUCGGUCGCCGGACCCGAGCGCGCGCUCGACGUGCUCGUCGCCGUGCGCGAUCCCGCGGCGUGGCACGACGCGAACGCGACGCGAAAUCCAUCGCACUACGCGUGGCACGCGCGCCUGGGCGGUGGGCGCGCGAUUCACGGCGCGGCGACGACGCUGGGCGCGGACGCGCACUACAACGCGCGCCUGCGGGACGAACGGGGACGCGCGUACAAGUACGGCGUCGUCGACGUGCGCGACGUCGUGGAUGAUUUAGAGCGAUGGAAGCAUUUAUUCGUCGCGGGAAGGAUGCACAAGCCGCACGAGACGGCGCGCGCGUGCGAUGCGAUCGUGAACGCGCAGGCGCGGAACGCGCGGAGCGCGGCGAACGCGGCGCUGUUGACGCUGCCGGAGACGUUCAGCGAACUCGAUUUUCAUCGCGCGAUCGUGCGGUUGUCCUACGACGGGGACGUGCGAUUCGCGUUCGCGGCGGAGGAUGGGUUGAAGAUCGAGCGCAUCGCGAGAUCGAACGGGGAGGCGAUGCGAGAGAUGUACGAGGACGUCGUGCGCGAGCUCAAAGGCGUCGAGACGUCGGCGUCGACGUGGCGGCAAGAUAAGAGCCCUGAAGCGACGCGCGAGCGCAUCGAUGCGUUGCCGGCGACGGUGACGACUAUGUUGAAUAGAGUUGAAGUCGGCGACGACGCUGAACGGGUCGGCGACGCGGUGCGCGCUUGCCUGAGGCGAAUCGUACGCGCGAGCACGCUGCGACAAGCAGUCGCGGGGCUCCUGACCACGUCGCCGACGAAGACGCUCGCGUACGUCGGGGCGAAAUUCUUUAAAGCCGCGAGCAGUCGCGCGACGAAUAGCUCGAACGACGCGCGGUAG